AUGGAAAAUCAUUCACAUAAAAAUAUUAAUGCAGUUAAAAAUGAUGAAAUCAAGAAAAAAAAAUUUACUUGUAACGUAUGUGAUAAAAAUUUUGUUAAAAAAACCGCUUUAACAGUUCAUUUAAAUUCUCAUAAUAUUAAUAAUGCAUCAAAUAACAUGUCAGAUGUUAUUCCUAAUCAGGAAAAAGAUUUGGAAAAUGUUUGCUCUGUUUGUUUUAAAAAAUUCACAGCUAAGAAAAAUUUGAUGAAGCAUUUAAGAGAUGUACAUAAAAAUUUUCAAGAGGCUGAAAGGAUGUCUGUUAAAAAAAUAAAAUGUCCAGAAAACAAUUGUAAUUUUAUGUGUAGAAUGAUGAAAAAAUUAAGAAAUCAUAUUGAAACAUGUCACAAGAUUAAAAUAUUAAAAGAUUCAUUAGAAUUUUCCAACGAAGCAGAAUUUUUAAAAUGGAAAAAAGAAGAAGAAAGCAAUACGGUAUCGUUGUUUGUCAUGGGUAGGAAAAAAACAACAUUGAUAAAUGGCACUAAAAAACAAAUUUUUAACUGUCAUAGAACUGGUCAUUACAGUCCCAAAGGAUUCGGUAAGUACAGAAUGAGAUCUGUAGGAUCGUGUAAAAUUGGAGUUACAUGUCCAGCUGCUAUGGAAGUCACAGAGUAUUUAAAUGGAGUACUCAAAGUUAUCUAUUAUAAAACACAUUUGGGUCAUUUAAAAGAUGUUGUUCAUUUGAAAUUAUCGAAGGAAGAAAGAGCAAGUUUGGCAGAAAAAAUCGAACAGGGUUUUACAUUUGAUUCGAUAUUAGAAGACAUUAAAGAAGGUAUUAAUAAUGAUGAAAAUGUAAAUGCUAAGAGAAUACAUUUACUUUCUAAAAAGGAUUUAUACAACAUAAUGAGGAUAUUAGCACGAACGAAACACAAAAUGAAAAGUUGA